CGCUCCGCCCGCGGGGGCUCCUCCCGGGGCCGCUCGGCCGGGCCGGCGGCAUGGGGACGGGCAGCGCCAGGGCCGGCGGGGCAACCCCCGCAGCGAGCCCCUGCCUGCGCCAUGUAGGCUAUCUGGAAGCCGGAAAAAUCCUCGUGGAGUGAGGAGGGCUUGCUUCAUGUUUUCCUUUAUUUUUUAGAGAUUUGUUUUUUUUUAGCUGUAAAUGUUUUUCUCUCCCUUUUUUCAUUACCGUUUUUGGAAGAUGAAAUGCUUCUCACGUUACCUGCCUUACAUCUUCAGGCCUGCGAACACCAUCCUGUCCUCCAGCUGCCACACGGAAGCUGACAUUAUCUCUACGGUAGAAUUCAACCACACGGGAGAAUUGCUGGCAACAGGGGACAAGGGGGGUCGGGUUGUCAUAUUUCAGCGUGAGCAGGAGAGCAAGAACCAGCCCCAUCGCAGGGGUGAGUACAAUGUGUACAGCACUUUCCAGAGCCACGAGCCGGAGUUCGAUUACCUGAAGAGUUUGGAGAUCGAGGAGAAGAUCAAUAAGAUCCGAUGGCUCCCGCAGCAGAACGCCGCCUACUUCCUGCUGUCCACCAACGAUAAAACCGUGAAGCUAUGGAAGGUCAGUGAGCGCGACAAGAGGCCGGAGGGGUACAACCUGAAGGAUGAGGACGGCCGCCUCCGAGACCCCUCCAUGAUCACCUCGCUGCGGGUGCCUGUGCUGCGGCCCAUGGACCUGAUGGUGGAGGCCACUCCCCGCAGGGUGUUUGCCAACGCGCACACGUACCACAUCAACUCCAUAUCCGUCAACAGCGACUACGAGACCUACAUGUCGGCCGACGACCUGCGGAUAAACCUCUGGAACUUCGAGAUCACCAAUCAGAGCUUCAAUAUCGUGGACAUCAAGCCGGCCAACAUGGAGGAGCUGACGGAAGUGAUCACCGCUGCCGAGUUCCACCCGCACCACUGCAACACCUUCGUGUACAGCAGCAGCAAAGGCACCAUCCGGCUGUGCGACAUGCGCGCCUCCGCCCUGUGCGACCGCCACGCCAAGUUUUUUGAGGAGCCUGAGGACCCCAGUAACCGCUCGUUCUUUUCUGAGAUCAUCUCCUCCAUCUCCGAUGUCAAAUUCAGCCACAGCGGGAGGUACAUCAUGACCCGGGACUACCUCACUGUCAAAGUGUGGGACUUGAACAUGGAGAACCGGCCCAUCGAGACUUACCAGGUGCAUGACUACCUGCGGAGCAAGCUGUGCUCGCUGUAUGAGAACGACUGCAUCUUCGACAAGUUCGAGUGUGUGUGGAAUGGCUCUGACAGCGUCAUCAUGACCGGCUCCUACAACAACUUCUUCCGCAUGUUCGACCGCAACACUAAGCGUGACGUGACGCUGGAGGCCUCGCGGGAGAACAGCAAGCCACGCGCCAUCCUCAAGCCGCGCAAGGUUUGUGUGGGCGGCAAGCGGAGGAAAGAUGAGAUCAGCGUGGACAGUCUGGACUUCAGCAAAAAGAUCUUGCAUACAGCUUGGCACCCCUCAGAGAAUAUCAUCGCUGUGGCAGCAACAAAUAACCUGUAUAUAUUCCAGGACAAGGUGAACUAGGAGGACAAGUUAUUCUUUAGGAGUCUCUCAUGUACUGAAUACUAGUAAACACAAGAUUCCAAAUGUUUAUUUUCUUUUUUUUUUUUUUUUUCCCCCUCUUCUUCUUCCUUUGUUGAAUUGCUGCUCUGGGAAGGGCAGUGUGCAGUGUCCUCUGCUCCCCAGCCUGGGGGACCGUGGCUGAGCGCACCAAGUGGAAACCUGGGGUCUGCUGAGUCGCGUGCUGAGAGCUCGGACUCACACGGGGCAGUCGGGGAGUUUCAGGGCUUUGCUCUCCCGGUGCUCCCAGAGGCAUUGCUGUAAUGGUGGCUGCAGUGAUGGCUGCUGCCUGGGGCAGUGACCUGGCAGUGCAGGGCAUCGUCAGCUGCAGUGGGAGCAGAUGGGGGCGGGUGUGUGUGCACGUAAGUCUGGGUGCGGUGGGUUUUUCUAAUUACAGCGAACCAUCCUGAGUCUUUCAAGCUCUAUCCUACAAAUAUCCCACCUCUUAUUUCACAAGAUCAGAGCCUUGUCCCCAUUUUUCACAUCUGUCUUUUUACUAUUAUUACUUCAUGUUUUCAGCAGCAGCGAAACCAAACACAAAACGGAACAGUUCCGAGCUCCCAGGAACAGGGCUGGGGCUGCGGCCCUCCCCUCCCCCACGGCAACUCCCAAGGAUUCGGCUUUGUAGAUACUGUGGUGCCUUUCUGGGUAUACGAAAUACCUUCAUAAAUGAUGCUUCCAAAACAAUCUGAUUACAAUCCAAAUUGAUCCUGAGCUUUUUUUUUUUCCUUUCCUUUUCUGCAUUUCUUGUAUUUUGCUGUGGUCGUUUAUAUUGUUCUGUUGCUGUAUGCUCCUGCACAUCAUGUUCUCUCCCUCUUUCUUUUUAAUUUAUUUAUUAUUUAUUCCUUUUUUUUAAAAAGAAAAAGUUUAAGUUGCUAAUUUAAUUCUAAAAGAGAAUCCAACCGUAUACUGCUCUUAGCACCUGACCGCUUCCUCGAGGGGCUGUCCGCGGUCCUAGAUUAUGAUAAUAACUAAAAUAAUAAUAAAACCAGUAACUCUUCCUCUGUGCAUGGCCAGGCUGCCCCUUUCUACUGUUAAGAUUGUUCAGAUCCUUUUUUUACUCAAGCAAAUGUUCAAUUAAAAAAAAUAUAUAUCAUUUUUAGUCUGAAAACCACUGCUGCAGGACAAAGCAAAUGAACAAAUAAGGUCAAUUCCAACCACCAACACUGUCACUUCAGCAGCGUCCUCAUCAGGGGGCCCGCGCUGCGCUGCUGGGAGCAGUGUGUGCGCACCACAGCUGUGUCCUGCGGGGAAGUUUCCACCAGGCUCUAAGGGCAAAGUGCCUGCUCUCUGCAGCCUCUCUUGGCCGCGUGCUUCGGGUGCCCUGUGGCUCCUGCGAUGCCCUCAGCUCUGCACCAGGGACCAAGCACUGCCAACACCGGGGCCCUGCUUGGAGUCAGCGGUGGGGGGCAAGAGCAAGGGCAUUCACCAUCCCCAAGGGAUGAGAAGGGGGAGACGUGCCCUGGCUCACAUCUUUACUGCUGUGGUGGCUUUCAGGAGUAACUUUUUUUUAAAAAUGAAAUGGUUAAGAAAAAAAAUUCCAAGAAUCAAGUAAAAAAAUUUUUUUAAAUGUUCUUUUUUUGUUCUUGUACAGAAAGCCUGCACUCUGGUACCAGAAGUAAAGUUGUUCCAAACGUG